ACUCCCACCUGUAUUUCUAUGUCCGCUUAAAAAGGAGCUUUUGUCACAUUAUAAAAGCUUCUUUAGAACGAAUGGAAUAGAUUGGAGGCGUCGGCAAUGCAUCUGCUCAUUGCACUGGAGUAAACCAAGGCGAAAUUCACAACAUUUGCCUGAUAUCAGGGUGCCUACUGGUUCUAGACAAAAGAGGAGUGCUAGGAAACAUAGGGCUGUGAAAAGAAGUGCAAGGGAAAGUAGGCGCAACAAACUACUAGAAAAGUCACAACCUGGUGAGAUAUUACAGAAUGUCAAGGAGAGUCUGAGUGAAGUGAGUGGAGAAAAUGCUACUCUUCGCGUUCACCUUCGUCAGCAGGUCACUGAUAAUGAAUUACUUGCCAGUGAAAAUUUUAGAUUGAGAAAUACAAUAGAAAAGCUAAAAAAGGAGUUGAAGGAAAGCGAGGAAGUGAGAAAAUUGGAACAGAGAAAUGUUGAAAGAAUAAUGGAGAACAAAUGGAAGUUUAGCUGGGACACUGUGACAGAAAGUUAUUUCAAGUAUUUUACAGGCAUGAGUCGGGACAGUUUUGAGACUUUGUUUAGCUGCUUGAAGCCAUACCUACACCUAAUCAAAUAUCAAUCAUGUAUUAGCAGCAAAAGUUACAAGCGGAAGGUUAGUAAAGAGAACGAGCUUUUCACGACUCUAUCCAUCUGCAGACAUGCUCUGCAUAUGAAAUUUGCAGGCUGGAUGCUCAAAGUUUCGGCCUCGACAAUGAGCAGAAUUUUUGAAGCAUGGAUAGUGUUUGGCGAUGCAGCUUUUAGUAUGGUAGACUUGCAGCCUUCACAUGGAUUAAUGAAAAAAGUUAUUCCUCAAAUUUACCAAGAAUUAGGAUUCGGCCAUAUAACACUGGUCUUGGAUGCAACGGAAUUCAAAACAAAACAGUUUUUCGAUUUGAAUUUAAACACAAUCUUUUUUUCUGAUUACAAGCAAUGUCAUACUGUUAAAGCAUUUGUCUGCUUAGCUCCCCAUGGCGCUUUAACAAUGGUUCCAGAUUUAUAUCCAGGAUCUAUCACAGACACGACAAUAACACAAAUAACGGGCUCAGUUAGAAAUUGUUUACUUCAUGAUGGAAUAUUGACUGACAAAGGUUUUGCGAUUAGUGAACUUGCUGCGGAGAAAGGUGCAGAGCACAACAGACCUCCAAUGAAAACAGAAAAUCAAUUUUGCGAAGGUGAAUGUGAUGACAAUUACAAAAUCGCAUGUCUUAGGAUUCAUGUGGAAAGAUGGAUUGGAUACCUUCGGAACUUAAGGUUAAACAUGAUUAGAGGAAUCCCUAACCACUGCUUUGAAAGCAAAGAAGGAGCAACCAGUCACCAACGGCAACAAUUGAUAUUUAAAGUGAUUCAUUUGUUUAUUAUAACUUUCUACUUGCUUGCUCCAGAUGCAGAAAUAAAUGCUUCUACAUUUUUACAUUAG